AUGAAUUUAUGGCCAAAAAUUAUUUCAUUUCUCGCAUUUCCCGAAGUAUCGCUCCGAAAACACGCUUUGUGGGUAUGCGGAACUGCUGUUCAGAAUAAUCCUCAAGCGCAAAAGGCCUUUACAGAAAAGGGUGGAUUAAAAAUUAUUAUGGAUAUUCUAAGGGAUUCUAAUGAGGAUGAAGAGGUCAGAAGUAAGGCCUUAUAUGCAAUUUCAGAUCAUUCGAUACUUCGCAAGACGGUAUUUCUUCUCAACACUUUGAUCAUUCAAGAUCUAUCUACCGCAUCGACGCAAAUAAAAGAAAAACAUAUAAAUAAACAAAUGAUUAAAUUAUUGAACUUAUAUUGGGCAGAUGACGAAGACCUGGUUGACAAGAUACUUCGGACUUUACUUGGGGAGUUUCAACAAUCUGUAUCUUUCAAUGAAGAUGAAAUUAAUGAGUUAAAAAACAUUCUUCCAACUAUUAAGAAAAAAUACGGGGACAAUGUUUUAAAUCUCACUGAAUGGACAGAAUUAGAGUCAAGGAUUCAAUAA